AUGAAGGUACUGUCGGUACUGGACGGUGAACCUGUUUUCCUAAAACGAUGCGUUCUCCCAUACGGUCAACGGGAAGGUGUCCUGAAAGCGUUACAAAAAAUUGAACAGGAUGGUGUGAUAAGCAAAGUUGAAUCCAGUGCCUUGGCGACCCCGAUUGUCGUGGCGAUGAAAAGUGAUGAUGGGAUACCAGGGAUUUCUGGAGACUAUCGACUGACGUUGAAUCCCAGAUUGCGCAGAUGUGCAGCUACCACCAUGAAACCAGCGAAUUUCAUGAAGUCAUUGCACGGUUGCCAGUAUUUUUCAAAAAUCAAUUAG